CUUCGUAAUUCCUUUCCCCCCUUCUUCUUCUUCCUCUUCUUCCUCUCACUCUUAUCUCUUCCUAUAACGAUGUUUGGUGUUCAAUCCCAUCUGACUUCACUUGGACUCCACUGACACUCUCCACUGACACGCUCCGGCGGCCUUACUCCGCCGCCUCACGGGCGACACUCCCCUUCAUCUUCCCUUUCUUUACUUCCGGGUGAGUUUUUUUUUUUUUUUUCCCUGUACUCUAGGGUUUCCAGAUUUCACAAAUUCCACCUCCUGUAUUUCCCUCGAUCGCCUCGCGUUUUCAAAUUUUUUUUGCCAAUUUACUUUCUUCCGGGGUUUAAACCUUCUGUUCUCCCCAAUUUCUUUCGGUAAUUGGGGAUUUCUUUGGAGGGUUAUGUGAAUUUCGUUCCUGCUUGGAACGAGGAGAAGUAGGAGCUUCUUGUUUGGGGAAGGGGGGAAAAACUCAUGGAAGGGAGGAGGAUAUCGGCGAGUCCUCGGCCUUGUUCUGGUCGGCGUAUUUUGGCUAAGAAACGACCUCGGGUUGAUGGGUUUGUUAAUAGUGUGAAGAAGCUGCAGAGACGGGAGAUUUGCUCGAAGCGGGAUCGUGCUUUUAGUAUGAGUAAUGCCCAAGAGAGAUUUCGCAACAUGCGUUUGAUGGAGGAAUAUGAUACUCAUGAUCCAAAGGGGCAUUGUUCACCAGUUUUACCUUUUCUGAUGAAGAGGACAAAAGUAAUAGAAAUUGUUGCUGCACGUGAUAUUGUCUUUGCUCUGGCACAUUCUGGUGUUUGUGCAGCUUUUAGCAGAGAGACAAAUGAAAGAAUAUGCUUCUUGAAUGUCAGUCCUGAUGAGGUCAUACGGAGUUUGUUUUACAAUAAGAACAAUGAUUCACUUAUCACAGUUUCAGUUUAUGCUUCUGAUAACUUCAGUUCUUUGAAAUGUAGAUCGACAAGGAUUGAAUACAUUCGAAGGGGCAAGCCUGAUGCAGGUUUUGCACUUUUUGAGUCUGAAUCACUGAAGUGGCCUGGAUUUGUUGAGUUUGAUGAUGUUAAUGGGAAAGUUUUAACCUACUCUGCACAGGAUAGUAUAUACAAGGUGUUUGACUUGAAAAACUAUACCAUGCUUUACUCCAUAUCAGAUAAACAUGUUCAAGAAAUCAAGAUCAGCCCUGGGAUCAUGUUAUUGAUCUUCAAUAGAGCCAGUAGCCAUGUUCCUCUUAAGAUUCUGUCAAUAGAAGAUGGCACAGUUCUCAAAGCUUUCAACCAUCUGCUUCAUCGGAACAAGAAAGUGGACUUCAUAGAACAAUUUAAUGAAAAACUUCUUGUGAAGCAAGAAAAUGAAAAUCUUCAAAUACUUGAUGUUCGUAAUGCUGAAUUGAUGGAAGUUAGCAGAACUGAAUUUAUGACCCCAUCGGCGUUUAUCUUUCUGUAUGAAAACCAAUUGUUUUUGACAUUUAGAAACCGAACUGUGGCUGUCUGGAACUUUCGCGGGGAGCUUGUAACUUCAUUCGAGGAUCACCUUUUAUGGCAUCCGGACUGCAAUACCAAUAACAUUUACAUCACCAGUGAUCAGGAUCUCAUUAUAUCUUACUGCAAGGCUGAUUCAGAUGAUCAUUGGAUGGAAGGAAAUGCUGGUUCGAUCAAUAUCAGCAACAUCUUGACCGGCAAAUGUCUAGCCAAGAUUAAUGCAAGCAAUGGAAAUCCUAAGGUCGACGAUGCCAGCAGCACUGGCAUCUCGAGAAAGCAGUGCAACUCUUCACAGAUGAGAAACACAGUUGCGGAGGCUUUGGAAGAUAUUACUGCACUUUUCUAUGAUGAAGAGCGUAAUGAGAUAUACACUGGUAAUAAGAAUGGUUUGGUACAUGUGUGGUCUAACUGAAGACCUCAUUUUUUUUUUCUUUUUUCUUUUUUCUUUUUCUUUUUUUCUUUUUUUCUUUUUUUCUUUUCCAAUUUCUUUUUCUGAAGUUUGCUUUGACAUUGAUCAAACUGAUGAUUUGGUGAUGAUGAAAGGCGGUUCAUAUGGUGUCAGCUCCCUAAUGCAGAUUUGAUGGUAGAAUAAUAGGUUGUGUUAGUUAGUUGAAUAGAAAGCUUUGCUUGCAUUGUAAUAUUAAAUAGAUUUUAAUGUGUUAUGUAUACUGUUGUAAAAAUCCACCUUUGCUUUAUGAGAAUAGUCAACAAUUUGAGAUUUCUCUCAUUGAAAUUUGGUUGUCA